AUGGCUCUGACUGCGUCGGUGAUGGAGACGUUGUUGAAGAGCCAUUGGUUGCUGUGUCGGCCGCAGUCGCCGAACGUUCCGCUGGUCUGGCGCGGUCUGUCGUUCGGUUUGGACUUGGCGGAGGUUGGCUUGCAUGCUGAUGAUGGGGAUGGCAGUGCUGGUGAUGAUCUGGAUGGAGAGCAGCUCCCGGCCGAAGCGGUGGACGCCCGCGAGCUGGCAGUGCUGGAGGUGCUCGAGCGACCGAUGGAAUGCAACCUCUGCGACAUGUGGGUGUGCAGUUUCAGCUUGUCUUUUAUGGAGAGGGCAGGAGAUGGGUGA